AUGCCAGAUAUGCAGCGCGACCGCUCUGACAUCGAUCGACCAGAAGGCAGAAGCGCGGAGAAUGCUGACGCAACAGCCGACGUUGCCGUCCCCGGGACCGCGAGGGCGCAAUCGGCCCACGGAGCGCCGGACCUGACCAGCGAGCAGGGCGCUGCCGUCGAGGCCGCGCUGUGCGGGGAGAACGUCUUCAUCACCGGGGAGGCGGGCUGCGGAAAGACCGAGACGCUGCGCGCCGUAGUGCGGACGCUCAAGACCCAGCACGGCGACGACUUCGACCAUGUCGUGGCCGUCACGGGCAGCACGCCGUGUGCGGCCGCCGUCCUCGAACGAGGUCUCGACGUCAGCGUUCGCUGCGUCGGCGAGGCGCUGUCGAUGCCGCCGGGCCUGUACCUGGGGCCACGCGAGCCGCUGCCCCCGACGAACGUUCCGCGGAGGAGCAGCCCGGCGUCAGCUUCGCAUCCCGACCCGACCUGGGAAGACAUCUGCAGCGCCAUCACCAAGCACUUCCAUGCGCGCCCGAACCUGCAAGUCCUGGUCAUCGACGAGGUCUCGUCGCUCCCGGCAGAGCUGCUCUAUCUCAUCCACAGAGCGGCCGCGCGUGCACGGGCCGCAAGUGGCGCGGAGCACACAACCAGUCAUGUCGACGGCUCUGGCGGGCUGCAGCUGAUCGCCGCGGGCGACUUCUGCCAGCUCGGGCCCUAUCGCGUCGGCCAGGAGCGCGGACCGACGCGGGCUUCGACGCGGACGCCGGGGACGGCCUACGCCGCCUGGGGACAUGCGUUCGAGGCCCCCGAGUGGUCCCGUCGCACGACGCUCCACAUCCCUCUCACGAGCAACUUCAGAGCAAGCGAUGGUGCCUCCCUGGAGCUGCUUCGCCGCGUCCGGCGAGGCGACGCGCAGGCGGCAGCGCUGGUCGUCGCGCAUGCUCGGCGCCCGCAGGUGCCGGGCGCCCUCCCCGGCACACUGCUCCUACCGUCGUCGAAGAGGGCUCAGGAGGAGAACCUCGCGGCGCUUUCUUCUCUGGGGAGCGAGGUGCACGUGUUCACGGCGACUGACGGCGCUGCAUCUGCAGACGCGAGCGCCGCACGUCAGGCGCUGCUGAGCAGCUCGUGGUACAAGCACGGCACUUGCCCGGCGCCAGCCGAGGUCGCGCUCGCUGUCGGCGCCGUCGUGCGCACGACAGUGGACCUCGACGCCGCCCUCGCCGCGGGCACGCGCGGGCAGGUCAAAGCGAUCUGUUCGGCGCGCGAGGUCGCGGCGCGAGAAGGUGCGCCGUGGGAGGCGAUGGCCGCACGGAUGGUGGCUGCUGCCGGAGGUCGCGCGCCCGCUCGCCGCAGCAGCAAGCUCUUCAUGCCUCUGGUGGAGUUUGUCAACGGGCGCACGGAGUGGAUCCUCCCGCACACCUGGCGGCGGGAGGAGCCGGGCGUCGGCGCGUGCACGCGCACGCAGAUCCCACUCGCGCUGUCGUGGGCGCGGGGGAUCUACGACGUGCAGGGGCACGAGCUCGACAGCGUGCGCAUGCGCCUCCCGAGCGCGACGUCCGGCCCGGAGGACGCUCUCAGCCCCGAGCAGGUGUACUUCGCGGUGUCGCGGACGUCGUCUCUCGCGAGCGUGACCGUGGUGGGGGGUGUGCUCCCUCGCGGUGCGCUCGCAGUGCCCACAAAGUCUGCAGCAAUGUACGCGCAGCUGGCUCGGGGGUGGGACUGCGACUACGAUCCGGAGAAGCUCACGUGGGCUAAGGAGCUCGCACACCGUCUGACAGACCCCUCGCAGCCUGUACAGGCGUCCCCCGUGAAGGACGCAUCCUUCGUCAGAGAGCUCAGGCCGCUCCGGCGCCUACGGGACCGACCGCCCUCGAUUCGCCGCCUCCAGACCACGCCAGAGGCGGCAAAGCCGGCGCGGUCGGUGCAGAGGCCCCAGGCGCAGUUCCGCCCCGCCAGCGGACACAGCAACAUCCCCCGGCGCAACGUCAUCCGUCCAGCGCAGCCUGAGGUCGUCGCAUCCCCGGCUAGCAGCCCGCCGCCAGUUCCACGGCCGAGGGCUGCCGCGGCGCCAGACCCGCGGCCAGCGGCUCCUCCGCCUCAGCGCGCGCCCGCGCAACGCACGGCAGCGGUGCGGGCGGAGCCCUCCGAGCCGCCCCUGCCCCCGUCGCUCGAUUCCUCGCGCAUCGCGGACGUGACAUGGAGCGAGGUGUCGGCGUUCAGCAGCCCCUCGUUCGCGCCUGCGGCGGCGCGGCAGAGCACACUGACGACGACCGACACGUCGGGGACGCGCAGUGAGACGGACGUGGUCGACUUGCUGCGCCAGGUGCAGUCGAUCCGACUAGCCAUCGACAGGAUCACGACGCAGUGCGCGACGAGCAUCCAGGACAUCGCGCAGGAGCGCGCUGAGCUGGCCGGAGCUGGCGGGGAGGAGCCUGUGUGGGAGGGGGGGCCUGUGGCGGGGGACUCGUUCGUAUCCGACGCAGGGGACCUCACAGAGCUGACUCAGAACCUGCGGUCGUCGCUCGUGGCGGCCGAGGCCGCGAUCGCAAGCGACCGCCUCCGUCACGGGCAGCCACUUGCGCCGCACCACUAG